GAGAAUGUGUGUUCGCUGUUCGCCGCUGUGUCACUUCGUGUUUUUCCGGAAGUCUUCGGGUGCAUCGUUUUGCUUGACUAGAUAGAAACCCCUCGGGCUCUCUUCCGCUCUCCGCUCUCGCUCUCCUGGUUCUGAAACGUUUUACGUCAAUGUCGGUGUGAACACAACGGGAUUCGUCCAGUACCGUCACCGGCUCCGGGACCUGCGAGUGCUCCUCUGGUUCGUAUCGGACUCGGCUGCGCUCGGACCUCGUCUCGGCGCCGCUUGCUGCUCGGUCGCAUUCGGCUCUUGUCGUAGCGCUGGAGAAUGGACGAAGCGGACUCGGCCACGAAGGCGCUCGGGCUGGAUGAACCGCCCAUCGACGAGCCGCCGGUGGGCUCGGAUACCGAGUCGGAGGCCGAAGUCGCCACGAUGGCUGUGAUGGCGGAACCGGGAAACAUCGACAUGGGAGCCGAGUCUCUGCCGAACCCAGACGAGGCUGACGCGGCGUUCGCAGAGGUGACGGUGAGGGGCGUUCAGGCUGCAGAGGACAACGUUUUUACCACGACCGUCGCUGCAUCAGGAAGCCUCCCUGAACACGUGCUGAGUGGGAGGACGACCCUCCAGCUGAGUGAGGGUCUCAGUACCCAGAAGGCCACACUGAUAGUGGUUCACACUGAUGGCAGUAUCGUGGAGGCUGCUGGACUCAAGUCUGCCACCGCCAUUGCACGAGGUGAGCGGAUCCUGAACCCCCACGCUGCCUCCUGUACCUGUGCAGCCUGUUGUGAUGACCCGACAGCGAUCGGGAUGUAUUCCACUCAGGUUUCUUUUACCAGACAGUGUCCAAAGGAUGGAGAGUCUCUGGCUACAGAAAGCAUCGCAAUGAGUGGACCAGUCCGCCUCUUUGUCCCAUACAAGAGACGGAAGAAGGAUAUGGAUCUUCCACUCAUCCCCCCCAAAAAGGAACUUUCUUCCACCAAAAGCAUCACGCUGACCCCUGGGACCACAUUCACUAUGUCCCCGACUGGAACGUUCACCACCCCCGGCACCUUGACCUUUGACCGCAGUCCAACUGCCGAUGCUGCCGCUGCUGCCGCCAUCAUCUCUGAGGGUUCGGCACAGAGCGAGGUGUUUGCCAGCACAGCAGAUAUUCAAAACUGGAUGGCACAUCAUUUCCUUCAACUGAACCCAAAAAAGAAAGAAAUACUUGUGAUUUCUACCAACUCCUCACACACCGAACUCACAAACACGCUAGGUCAUUACUCCAAUCUCAUUACUCAUUGUGGAAACCUUGGUGUUAUAUUUGACAGCAACCUCACCUUGAACAGCCAAUUACCUGUUGACCGUGUGUGUGUGUGUGUUCAGUGUGGUUUCAGUCAGUCGUUUCAGAACCAGAUUUCCUUUCAGCAGCCAGACGACUCUGAUGCCAAGAGGAGCUCUGACAUUACUGAGAUCAUCAUCAAUCAGAUGUGUGUGAACUGUGGUCGGAUGGCAAUGAGUGAGUGUACGGGCUGUCACAAAGUCAACUACUGCUCUACCUUCUGUCAGAGAAAGGACUGGAGGGAUCAUCAGCACAGCUGCUGUCAGUCAGCAGGGGGCAUGACCAUCCAGGAGGAGGAUCCAAUCACAGCCAUCGACAUGGACAAAGUGAAAUGAUGACGCUGCAGGCAGCCCUCGCCAUCAUCAGCUGCCGCAGACAGGAAGUCCUUAUGUGCGCGAAGAGGAGAGAUUUUUAACUGAAUAUCCCCUCAGUGGAGCUUUUAUUUUGAAAAGUGUCCCUACAGACCAGUAUGGGAAGAAGGUCUGUGAUCUUCUGACAGUUGAACUGUUUGUAUAUAAACUGUGAAGACUUUUAUUUACUAGACAGAAAUUGGGAGUUCAGAUCAGGUGGACAUUAGUGGAGCUGCAGCUCUGACGCAAAUCUGUCUGAACGCACAGAACUGUACAUGAACACAAUUAAGACUUCAUAUUUAUAAGCUGUACAGAUUUCAUAUUUUAUUUUUUUAUUCCUUGUGUUGCCUCAGUGGCUGUUUUCUCUUUGUUGAAACAUUAUUUUGAAUCUCCAGAGACAUCCUGGUUAGAUAAAGGUCACACAUCAAUAAAAUAGAAAACGAUAUUGAAUUAAAACCCCACCUCCUCUUGGUCUGCUCUUUCUUCUCUUCAAAACAUGAAGUGAUGUGUUUGAUCCCAAUCUUAUUUUCUCAUGUUGAAGUUUUAUUCUGUUUUCCCACUAAAUUCCAGAAAGCAACUGUUAGUUUGUUGAAGUUAUCUCCAGUGUUGAAGUUAUCUCCAGUUUCCAAGAUAUGAAGAUAAUGAUCAUCUUUCAGAACUUUAAGUCUCUGUAGUUCUCUAUGUUUACUUGUGAUUUAUGCUCAGAAAGACACAAAUGUAGCUGCAGAGUUGCAAGCAGUUCAUUUGACAUAAGAGCCAGAAGCCUUAGUAGUUUACACACAUGUUACAUGUCAGCAGCUGGAUGGUGACCUCUGACUGGUGCAGUCAUGUCCGCCAAUCACAUUAAGUUCUGCCCAAUAAAUGUGAUGUU